UCCAGAGAUGCACCAGACAUAAGCACUCUCCCACCGGAUGUUACACUUUCUGCAGUGGAAAUGGCCAUAUCUCUGCUCCAGGAACUAGGGAGCAUUUAAAAGGAAACAUUGACAGUGGUGGAGAACCGCAAACACGACACGCAUCCUACGACACCAAAAGUCUUGUAGAAAAUGUCGGUGAAACUCACCUGAAAGUUCGACCCCUUAAACGCCUGAUGCGGGGGGUUACCCACGUUUACGGAAGGGUCCUUCUCGGUUCCAAGGACCUUCUUCUCGCCAUCCACUAGUUCCACGGAUCCGUCCCGCGCUUCAUACCCGCUGUCUUCGCUGCAGCUCACCGACUUCCGGAAGUUUCUGCGGUCAAACACCGGCGAGUAGAUGGAGAGGGGUCGGGAGAAGCGCACGUUGUUGACUGGCGUGUUGAACGGCGCUUUGCCCCCCGGUGUGGGGCAGUGUGGACUCCUAGGAGAGCUGGCGCCCCUCUCCUGGGAAUACAGCGUUUUGGGGCCUAGCGAACACUGGGUUAUCUUCUCUACUUUGAAAUUCACUUGAACGCCGCAUUCUUUAGUGUCGGUCUUCUUAAACCCAGGGCCGACGUACGGAUGCACUUCUGAUAGGAUCACUUUGCAGAGUUCCAGGUAACUGAGGCCACUGGGGGUCAGAAACCGGCCGUCUCCCUUUCCCCAUCCACCGUGGAUGAACGGCACAGCGCCAGGGUGGUUGCCAAAGAAGAUCUUGCCCAUAACCUGGGGCCCAUACCCCUCCAUUAUAACCCCAUGAAGAAGUCCUUCGUGCCCGCCUUGUGGUUUAUAAGCGCCCGCGUGCCACUAAAUUGCCUUCCCCGAUGCUGUUCGGCUGUGAUUGUGAACAGCCAACGAGCACCAGCCGAGAAAGCAGCAGCCAUAGAAGCUCUGGCGUUGAAUGGGAUCAUAGUGUUCCCAGACAGCUGCAGCAGACGUAGUACCCGCCGCUGGCUCAUAGGGGGCGCUGCGCCCCCACGGAUGGCAGGCUGCCCAUGGGUGCCGAAUCUAUACAUGUUGGCGCCAUUUUGGAGCUAGGAGGGGGAAGAGAGCUGCAGAAGAGAACGCGAUUGAUCACAGUUCAUCUACACAGGCACUGAGGAGCUGCGAGCAUGGCUCACUCUAAAGCUCGAGCUGCCGACGCGAAGGUCACCUACCCCCCCGGGGUCAAGGAGAUCUCCGACAAGAUCUCCAAGGAGGAGAUGGUGCGCCGCCUCAAGAUGGUGGUGAAGACCUUCAUGGACAUGGACCAGGACUCGGAGGAGGAGAAGGAGCUGUACCUGAACCUGGCGCUGCACCUGGCCUCGGACUUCUUCCUCAAGCACCCGGACAAGGACGUCCGCCUGCUGGUGGCGUGCUGCCUGGCGGACAUCUUCCGGAUCUACGCCCCCGAAGCGCCCUACACCUCCCCCGACAAGCUCAAGGACAUCUUCAUGUUCAUCACCAGGCAACUCAAAGGUCUGGAGGACACCAAGAGUGCCCAGUUCAACCGGUACUUCUACCUGCUGGAGAACAUAGCCUGGGUCAAGUCCUACAAUAUCUGCUUUGAACUUGAAGACAGCAAUGAGAUCUUCACCCAGUUGUACAGGACCCUGUUCCAAGUCAUCAACAACGGGCACAACCAGAAGGUGCACAUGCACAUGGUGGACCUGAUGAGCUCCAUCAUCUGCGAGGGCGACACAGUGUCCCAGGAGCUGUUGGACACGGUGCUGGUCAACCUGGUCCCCGCGCACAAGAACCUGAACAAGCAGGCGUACGACCUGGCCAAGGCCUUGCUGAAGAGGACAGCCCAGGCCAUCGAGCCCUACAUCACCAACUUCUUCAACCAGGUGCUGAUGCUGGGCAAGACGUCCGUGAGCGACCUGUCGGAACACGUCUUUGACCUCAUCCUGGAGCUGUACAACAUAGACAGCCACCUGCUGCUGUCGGUCCUGCCCCAGCUGGAGUUCAAGCUCAAGAGCAACGACAACGAUGAGCGGCUACAGGUGGUGAGGCUGCUGGCUAAGAUGUUCGGAGCCAAAGACUCUGAGCUGGCUGGACAGAACAAGCCACUCUGGCAGUGCUACCUUGGCAGGUUUAACGACAUCCACGUCCCCAUCCGGCUGGAGUGUGUGAAGUUCGCCAGCCACUGCCUCAUGAACCACCCCGACCUGGCCAAGGACCUGACCGAGUUCCUGAAGGUCAGAUCCCACGACCCCGAGGAGGCCAUACGCCACGACGUCAUCGUCUCCAUAGUGACGGCCGCCAAGAAGGACCUGGCGCUGGUGAACGACGCGCUGCUCAACUUCGUGAAGGAGAGGACCCUGGACAAGAGGUGGCGCGUGCGUAAGGAGGCCAUGAUGGGCCUGGCCUCCAUCUACAAGAAGUACUCCCUGCAGGGGGAGGGCGGGCGCGACGCCUCCAAGCAGAUCUCCUGGAUCAAAGACAAGCUGCUGCACAUAUACUACCAGAACAGCAUCGACGACAGGCUGCUGGUAGAGCGGAUCUUCGCCCAGUACAUGGUCCCCCACAACCUGGAGACCUCUGAGAGGAUGAAGUGUCUCUACUACCUGUACGCCACGCUGGACCCCAACGCCGUCAAAGCUCUGAACGAGAUGUGGAAGUGCCAGAACAUGUUGCGACACAACGUCAAAGAUCUGCUAGACCUGGUCAAACAGCCCAAGUCUGACGCCUCCAGCAAAGCAGUGUUUGCUAAAGUCAUGGUGAUCACCAGGAAUCUGCCGGAUCCCGGCAAGGCCCAGGACUUUGUCAAGAAGCUGGCCCAGGUCCUGGAGGAGGACGAGCGGAUCCGAGACCAACUCGAGACCCUGGUCAGCCCGGCCUGCUCCUGCAAACAGGCUGAAGUCUGUGUGAGGGACAUCACCAAGAAGAUCGGCAGUCCCAAGCAGCCCAGCAACCCCUUCCUGGAGAUGGUCAAGUUCCUGCUGGAGAGAAUAGCCCCCGUACACAUCGACACAGAGUCUAUAAGUGCCCUGGUAAAGCAGGUCAACAAGUCGAUAGACGGCACCGCGGACGACGAAGAGGAGGGAGUCCCCACAGAUGAAGCCAUCCGGGCAGGGCUGGAGCUUCUCAAGGUGCUGUCGUUCACCCACCCGGUGUCGUUCCACUCGGCGGAGACGUUCGAGUCCCUGCUGGGCUGCCUCAAGAUGGACGACGAGAAGGUGGCCGAAGCGGCGCUGCAGAUCUUCAAGAACACGGGCAGCAAGAUGGAGGAGAGCUUCCCUCACAUCAAGUCUGUCCUGCUGCCGGUACUGCAGGCCAAAGCCAAGCGGGGGCCCCCUCGCCAGGCCAAGUACGCCAUCCACUGCAUCCAUGCCAUGUUCGUCAGCAGAGACACGCACUUCGCCCAGAUCUUCGAGCCCCUGCACAAGGGUCUGGACCCGGGCAACCUGGAGCAGCUGAUCACGCCCCUGACCACGCUGGGCCACCUGGCGCUGCUCGCCCCCGAGCAGUUCGCCGCCCCGCUCAAGUCCCUGGUGGCCAACUUCAUCGUCAAGGACCUGCUCAUGAACGACCGGAUCGCUGGCAAGAAGACCACCAAGCUGUGGGUGGCGGACGACGAGGUGUCUGCGGAAACCAUGGCCAAGAUCCAGGGCAUUAAGCUGAUGGUGCGGUGGCUGCUUGGGGUGAAGAACAACCAGAGCAAGUCGGGGAACUCCACCCUGAGGAUGCUGACCGCCAUCCUGCACAGCGACGGAGACCUGACGGAGCAGGGCAAGAUGGGGAAACCAGACAUGUCGCGGCUGCGUCUGGCGGCCGCGUGCGCCCUCCUGAAGCUAGCCCAGGAGCCGUGCUACCACGAGAUCAUCACCCUGGAGCAGUACCAGCUGUGUGCGCUGGUCAUCAACGACGAGUGCUACCAGGUGCGUCAGUGCUACUCCCAGAAGCUGCACCGGGGGCUGUGCCGGCUGCGGCUGCCCCUGGAGUACCUGGCCGUGUUCGCCCUCUGCGCCAAGGACCCCGUGAAGGAGCGCCGCGCCCACGCCCGCCAGUGCCUGGUGAAGAACGUCAACAUCCGCCGCGAGUACCUCAAGCAGCACGCCGCCGUCAGCGAGAAGCUGUUCUCUCUGCUGCCCGAGUACGUGGUUCCCUACGCCAUCCACCUGCUGGUCCACGACCCGGACUACGUCAAGGUCCAGGACCUUGAGCAGCUCAAGGAGAUCAAAGAGUCUCUGUGGUUCGUGCUGGAGAUCAUCAUGGCCAAGAGCGAGAACAACAGCCACGCCUUCAUCCGCAAGAUGGUGGAGAACAUCAAGCAGACCAAGGACGCCCAGGCGCCCACCGACGCCAAGAUCAACGAGAAACUGUACACGGUGUGCGACGUGGCCAUGAACAUCAUCAUGUCCAAGAGCACCACCUACAGCCUGGAGUCGCCCAAAGACCCCGUCCUACCCUCGCGCUACUUCACCAAGCCCGACAAGAACUUCAGCAACGCAAAGAACUACCUCCCGCCGGAGAUGAAGUCCUUCUUCACCCCCGGGAAGCCCAAGGCGGCUAACGUCCUGGGCGCGGUGAACAAGCCCCUUGCCUCGGCGGGGAAGCAGCUCCAGAGCAAGGCCUCUCGGAUGGAGACCACCAGCAACGACGAGUCCACCUCCAACCCCAGCUCCCCUCAGCGCAGCAAGACCAGACUCGACAGUGCAGAGCUGGACAUCAGCGAGAACGAGGACAUCAGCCUGAAGAGGACGGACAUCGCCGAAAAGGACGCCGAGAAGCCCCGCGGCCGCAAGCGCGCCGCGGUCGCCGUCGACGACCAGGAAAAGCCAAAGCGCGGACGCAAGAAGGCGGCGGCCAAUCCGACGGCGGCGCCCGAGUCGGAGGACCAAUGGGACGAGGACAACCGGCCCGAGGACGAGCAGAACAGCCCGCCCAAGAAGCGCCGGGGACGGCCCCCCAAGUCGGCCGCGGCCAAUCAGGUGACGCCCGUCAAGACCCCCGUCAAGAGGGGGAGGAAGAAGGCGGUCCCGCCCCCGGAGGAGG